AAGCUGGAAGGUGUAAUGGUGGAUGAUGAGGAUGGAGGAGGAAGAGUCGCAGACGUAUGCUCGGCUUGUCGGCGAGGGCUUUGUUUACUUUAACUGUACAUAAUUGAUGCAUUCAUUGUUCUCGACUCGUCGGAUUCCCUCUGUGGAAUUCCCUCUGAUGGCCCUUUCUCUGGUAUUCCUCGGCUCUUCAAUAUCCAUGAUCGUGUUUUUUACCUCGUCCGAGUAAGGUAUGAUGGAAAUGGAGCGCGUCUAUCCUGUCUUGCUUUAUCCUGUAUCGACCGAACCCUCCACCUUGACUUCGAAUCGAGGUGCCCGUGAUCGCCACAUUCACAUUCAUAUCCAGCACCACACAGCACAGCCACGACGUAGACCACAGUAUUCCACGCACCUGUCCACCCUCAACCCUCACCCUCAACCCUCAGCACCCGACCCUCAAAACCCUUGCAAAACCCACACCUAUCCUACCCUACCCUCCUCUACCCUAGUCAUACGGAGUACCCAUCGCAUACACAGUACACCAGUGAUCGACGUCCCCCCGUCCCUUCUACCCCCUGGACACACUCACACAGCCACACCACGCGCAAGUCUACAAGUGCAUGCAUCACUCCUCCGCCUCCGCCUCUGUUUCAUCCUCAUCCUCCCCCUCCGUCUCAGAUUACCUCCUCCUCACCACCCUCCCCUUCCUCCUCGCCGCCGCAAUCUCCGCCUGUUUCGCCUACUCGCGUACUCGAGCGUGGGAGACGCGUCAGCAGCGACGGCGGCGGGGGCGUCUUGCUUCGUCUUCCUCCGCCUCAGAAAAAUUUAAUAGCGAAGAUGCUGGAGAAGAAGAAGAAAAAGAAGAAGAAGAAGAAGAGGAGGAAGAGGAGAAAGAGGAGGAGGAGGAUAAGGAGGAGGAAGGAAAGCAAGAUGAUGGGUCAGUGAGCUUUUGGCGGAAGUUUAGCGGGGAGAUGUGGGUGCUGUGGUUUGGGGGUGGGAAGGAGGUUGCGAGGG